AUGAUGAUGAUGGAUUCUACAAGAGAUUCUACCACAUAUAUUUCAUCACUAUUAUCAUCAGAACCACCAGAAGAAUUAUGUAUACCAACAACAAUAUGUUUGGAAACAAAUGAUAGCGAAGAUGAAGAAACAUCAUCACAACAGGAAGAACCAAUAAUUCAUCACGACAAUCAUCGUAAAUCUGUGCAAUUUUCAAGGUUUUUGGUGGUUCACGAAACUUGGUGUAACGACGAGUAUGAUCGUACGUCAACAGAACCUGCAAGGCUUUCUUUCAAAGACUAUACAGAAUUAUUACAAAUAAAAAUUGAUUUAAGGAAAGAAGCAGAUAAAAUGACGAAGGCCUCUGCUGUUGCUUCUGAUCAUCAAUCUACCAACACAUCGAAUAAUCAUCUAGGUGUCAACAAAAAUAUAGAAACCACGUUGAGAAAAAAAUCGGAAAAACAAUAUAUUAUAGAAAUUAAAGAAAUUGGAGAUGAUAAUCAAUUAAUAUUUAAUCUUAUCAAUUGA